UCUCAAAGAGAAGAGAGCCUUAGAAGGUUUCUCAAAUCAACAGUUAUACCAAAUCUCACUGAAGAGUUCAUGCAAAUGAAUCCCGCUCUAAUGCAAACUGAAGUUUCUAGUAAACCUAAGAAU